CGACUCUCUUGGGACCAGUUCUUGACUUUUCAGUCUCACAACAACCGCUAUACUCUCUCCAAAAAGAGAUGCAGAAAAGAGAGCAAUCAAAGCUAACCGGAUCAACUGGUGGCUCGGCUGCACCGCCGGCUAAAAGAGGUCGCCCAUUUGGUAGCGGAAAUAGCAACGCCGCCGCUGCAGCCGCCGCCGCCGCAGCAGCAGCUGACUCAGCAGCUCCUUCAACACUACUCGGCCCUUCACUUCAAGUUCACUCUGCAUUCGCUGAACAGAAUAAUAAAAGGAUUGUUCUAGCUCUUCAAAGUGGAUUAAAGAGUGAGCUGACAUGGGCAUUAAAUGCCCUCACUUUGCUAUCAUUCAAGGAGAAAGAUGAAGUCCGCAAGGAUGCGACUCCUCUUGCCAAAAUUCCUGGAUUGCUUGAUGCUCUGCUUCAAGUUAUAGAUGAUUGGCGUGAUAUAGCCUUACCAAGGGUACUUGUAAAGGCACCUCGUGUCCGGCUUUUGGGUGCAAAUUCUGCGGUUACUGGAUUUGGACUUGAAUAUGACGCAUUAAACUCGAAUGAAUCUUUUCCCAAUCCUAGCACGGGUGCUGGAGCUGCCAACAGAGAGUCGUCUGUUCGGAAGAGUAAUACCAAGUCUCGCCCCGCGGGUUUGUGGUUUGAGGAAGAUGGCCUAUUUAAUUUGGAUGAGGAGGGGCGGAUUGAAAAACAGCAGUGUGCUGUUGCUGCUUCAAACAUUGUUCGCAACUUCUCUUUUAUGCCAGAGAAUGAAGUCAUCAUGGGCCAGCAUAGGCAUUGCUUAGAAACUCUAUUCCAGUGUCUGGCAGAUUAUAUUACAGAGGAUGAAGAACUUGUCACAAAUGCACUCGAGACUGUAGUGAAUAUUGGGCCAUUGAUAGAUCUCCGGAUCUUCAGUUCCUCAAAACCUUCUUUUAUCAAAAUGACGGAGAAACGUGCAGUCCAAGCUCUCAUGGGAGUGCUAGGAUCUGCUGUUAAGGCCUGGCAUUGUGCUGCUGCUGAAUUAAUUGGUCGUCUUAUAAUAAAUCCUGAUAAUGAACCUUUCCUACUUCCUUUUGCUUCGCAGAUUUAUAAACGUUUAGUUGAUAUCAUGAGUCAACCGGCUACUGAUGCUCAAGCAGCUGCUAUUGGUGCAUUAUAUAACCUUUCAGAAAUAAAUAUGGACUGCCGUUUGAAGCUGGCUAGUGAACGAUGGGCUAUUGAUAGACUCUUGAAAGUAAUUAAGAUGCCACAUCCAGUGCCAGAAGUGUGCAGGAAAGCAGCAACGAUUUUGGAAAACCUUGUAUCAGAGCCACAGAACAAGCCCCUCCUGCUAGUGCAUGAAAAUGCAUUUGCCGAAAUGCUUUUCGGUGACCCAAGAUACUCAGAUAUAUUUGCCAGGAUACUUUACGAACUAACAUCAAGGCCAAGCAACAAAAUGGCAUCAGCUCGAGGGAUCUGGGGCAUGUAAUAUCAAAACACACAAGGUACCUUAUUUGGGUAAGAUAUGUUGUACAUAGAUUUAAAUGUGAUUAGUCGAGCAUAUGCUUUUGUUGUAAACCUAAUGUUAAUUCACCUCAGAAGUGCAAAAUAUAUAUUACUAUAGGUUUAUCAUUUCUGGCCUUCAUUUUAUUCGAAUCUGUUAAAACUC